AUGUUUAAUGAAACAACAAAAAAGAAUAUUUCAAAUUUAAGUCCAACGAAUUUAAAAAAUUCUCAAUCAGCUACAAAUCUCGGAAAAAGAAAAUCUUCAUUGUCGAUACCUUCAACGGCUACACCACGUCCAUUAACAUCAGUUAAUUCUUCUCCAUCAUUAGAUAAAAUUGUUAAUACAUUAUCUGCUCUUGAACGUCUCAAUCUCAUAUCGGAACAAAUUAAUACAAAUUCACUAUAUUUAUCUCGCGUUGCUGAUACAUUACCACGUAAAGAUUCAUAUUUAAGAGUAAUUCUUGGUGGUGUUGAUGUAUCAAUAUUAAAUAAAGCUGAUAAAUGGACAUAUAAACAAGAAUAUGAAAAAUUUAAAUUUAUUGUUACAUGUAUUUCAUUAGUAUCUUCACUUGUCAUUUGGUCAUUAACAUCACGUUAUCGUGCAUUUGAUGCAUUAUUUCAUUUUUUAUUGGUUUGGUAUUAUUGUACAUUGACAAUACGAGAAUCGAUUUUAAUUGUCAAUGGAUCACAUAUUAAUCCUUGGUGGCGAGCUCAUCAUUUUAUCUCAACAGUUGCCACAGCUAUUUUAUUAACAUGGCCUGAGUCUGCAUCUUAUCAUACAUUUCGUACGCAAUUCUUUGUUUUUUCGUUUUACUUAAGUUUUGUCCAAGUUCUUCAGUUUUAUUAUCAACGUGGUUGUCUGUAUCGAUUACGGGCAUUAGGUGAAACACAUGAUAUGGAAAUAACUAUCGAAGGUUUUCAUCGAUGGAUGUUUCGUGGUCUAUCAUUUUUGGUUCCAUUUCUUCUUUUUGGCUAUUUAUUUCAAUUAUAUAAUGCAUAUUCAUUAUGGCAAUUAGCACAUGUAUCAACUACACAUGAAUGGCAAGUAAUGGUAUUAGCAAUAAUAUUUUUUGUGCUUUUCUUGGGCAAUAUAUUAACAACAUUAAGUGUUUUACGUGAAAAAUUACGCGAAAAACCUCCACCAACAUUAUUAAAAGAAAAAUAUCAAAGUUUAAAAACAUUUUUAUCAACAAAUUAUCAUCGACGAACACGAUCAAUUCAUCAAUAUGGAAAUCGAGAAGAAAAAGAGCGAUCUAAUAAAGAUAACACUAUUCAUAUAACAUCGAAAGAAGAUUAA